UGGGACUCACGCUCCAGCCCCGCACUUACAGCCCGCGCUCCGUGGCAAUAGCCGGCGCGGCCCCCCGGCACCCUCGCUCCCCACUCGCCAGCCGGGCGCUCCGCACUGGGCAUGCCCCAGCUGGGUUGCUAUAUAAAGCCCGCCUGCCUUAAUCUCUAGACGUCGCCAGCCGCCUCCUUCCUGCCGCCAGCCAGACGCCACCGAUCGGGAGCCGCUGCUGCCCGGGGCUUCUUUGCUGGCAGGAUGCUGGCUCUGGAUCAGAUCAAUGCAGAUCAGCCCCUGAUCCUGAAGGAGCUGGACUGGGCUGAGCAGGAGCCCCUGCCAUCGCUCAGCCCCCCGUGUCCCUCCUGGCGCCAGGACGUGUCUCUGGACUGCAAGUUCUCUCCGGAGGACACCCAGGCACACGCCUGGACCACCUACUACUACGACCUGCUGCAAUGCACCCUGCAGCAGGAGGGGCUGCCGGAGACAGUCGACCGCACCAAGGAGCCCAGAACAGGGUUCAGCUCGGGGGAUGUAACCAUCUGCAUCCUGGGAUCCCCAACCUCGUACCUGUCUGUGCUGCUAGAGGGCAGCUCCCAGUGCCCAGGUAACAUGCUGCUGUGCCUGUCGCCUAGCUGGCUGGCCAAGGUGCCCUCUGAGCAGCACCCCGGCGAGUCGUCCUUGCUGGUUUCCAAGGCUGUCUCCUUCGAGCUGGGUGGGCGCACAUGCCUGGACGAGUUCUCGCCCCCGCGCCGUGUCACCUACUUCAUGGGCUCCUUUGGGCCAUGCAAGGAGCACGGGCAGUCAGCGGGGGAGCUGGCACGUGACCUGGAUUGCCCCACGGGGGGCUCGGGGGAGCUGGCCCGCCUGCUGGAGGACAAACUGCUGACACGCCAGCUGCUGGACCAGCGGGCCCAGGUGGGGGUGCCGCCCACGCUGGCCUUCACCUUCAAGCGGCUGCGCCCACUGCGGGACGUCACCACUGAGCGCUCCGUCCGCAUGGUGGAGCUCAGCGGCAAGGAGGGCCAGGAGAACCUCAUCCAGGAGGAGAUCGAGGCCUUCCUGCAGGGUAGCGCCAUGGAGCCCUACAGCCAGGUGGUGGUGAAGCCAUCGGGCUGGCGCUGGAGUGGGGCCCAUGCUGUGACCUUCCAUGCCAAGGUGGAGCAGGCUGCCAUGCUCCAAGCUGUGCUGGCACUGCUGGAGACCCUGGAGGAGGAGGAGAGCGCCCUGCUGGAGGCCUUCAUCCCCACUGCCCGCCUCACCCAGCCCGAAUCCCCCAACAGCACCUCCCCAAGCAGCACAUCUCCGAGGCCUGACCUGGCGAUCCGGAUCUGCACUGUCGUCUGCAGAUCCUGGGGUGACCAGCCUCUGCUGAGCCAGGUGGUGUGCGGCGUGGGACGGGCUGAUAAGCCCCUGAAGCACCAGGCCAUGGUGCCCCAGAGCCUGGAGAGCGGCCUGCGGCAGCAGGGGAUGACAGAUGAGGCCCAGCUUGCGGCCAUCCGUGCCCAGGUCAAGCACAAGGCCGAGGCCGCCAUGACGGCCUUCCUGGAGAUGGAGGCGGGGCUGUCGGUGGAGCAGCGGGGCGGGCGAUGGGCCCAGACGGAUGUGAUUGGCGUGGAUUUCCUCCUGACCUCGUCGGAGCAGGUGCUGCAGCUGAUGGCUCUGGAGAUGAAUUCUCAGCUGUGCCUGGAGACCUGCGCACUGUUCGAGUCCAUGGGUCAGGCGGUGGGGAUGCCGGCAGGCAAGUCCUCGCGUCCUCUGGUGGAGACGAUGUUGCGGCGUACACAGUGUCACCUCAUGGAGGGCAAGCACGUGUUGGUGAUCGGGGCCGGAGGAGUCAGCAAAAAGUUCGUCUGGGAGGCGGCCAGGGCCUACGGGCUAAAAAUUCACCUGGUGGAGUCGGACCCCAACCACUUUGCCUCGCAGCUGGUGCAGACCUUCAUCCACUAUGACACCACGGAGCACAAGCGGGACGAGGAGCAUGCCCAGCGGCUGGUUGCGCUGGUGCGGGAGCGGGGCCUGCACCUGGAUGGCUGCCUCUCCUACUGGGACGACUGCAUGGUGCUGACAGCCCUGGUGUGUGAGCAGCUGGGCCUGCGCUGCAGCCCGGUGGCCGCCAUGCGGGUGGCCAAGCAGAAGAGCCGCACCCACCAACACCUGCUGCGCCGGCGCAAGGAAGCCCCGCUUGGCUGGGCCUCAGAGGCGCUCUAUGCCGUUCCCUGCUGCCACCUGGAGAGCCACGCUGACGUGGAGCGGGCUGCCCGCCAUCUCUCCUUCCCCGGCGUCAUGAAGCUAGAGUACGGGGCGGGCGCCGUGGGGGUCAAGCUGGUGGAGGACGUGCAGCAGUGCCACCUGCACUUCGAGAAGAUCUCACGGGACUUGCGGGAGGAUACGGAUCACCCAGGCAUCGGGCUGGGCUGGGGCAACGCCAUGCUGCUGAUGGAGUAUGUCUCCGGUACUGAGCACGACGUGGACAUUGUGAUCUAUGAUGGGCGCAUGCUGGCCGCCUUCGUCUCCGACAACGGGCCCACCCGCGUGCCCCACUUCACUGAGACGGCGGCCAGCAUGCCCACCUGCCUGGCGCCUGACCGCGAGGCCCAGCUGGUGCGUGCCGCCUACCAGUGCUGCUUGGGCUGCGGCCUGACCAACGGCGUCUUCAACGUGGAGCUCAAGUUGACGGCAUCUGGGCCCAAGCUCAUCGAGAUCAACCCCCGCAUGGGCGGCUUCUACCUGCGCGACUGGAUCCAGGAGAUCUACGGAGUGGAUAUCAUGCUCGCCUCGGUCAUGGUGGCCUGUGGGGUGCCCCCGCUGCUGCCCGCCCAUACCCAGCCGCGCACCCACCUGGUGGGUGUCAUGUGCGUGGUGUCACAGCACCUGAAGGCCCUCAAGUCCACAGCCAGUGUGGAGACAUUGCAGGCCCUGCAUGAGCGUGGCAUCAUCCGCCUCAACCUGCUGGAGGAUGAGCUUGUUGCCCGUGAAUACGAAGAGCCCUACUGCAACGUGGCCUGUGCCAGCCCCAGCCGCCGCGAGGCCUGCCUCAAGUUGCUGGGUGUCUGCCAGGUGCUGGGUAUCGACUCGCCCCACUAUCCUGUCACCCACUUCCUCUCUCACUUCAAAUAGCACCCAGGGAGCCCCCGGGGAGGGGGCCACCACUGCCUCUGUCCUGUUCCCCCCCCAUUCUCCCUAGGGCCUGCUGGGCUCAGAGCCGGUCCUGGAGGAGCCCCCUGGCCUCCCCCUCCCUGGUGUGUCCCCACCAGCCGGGGCACCGGUGCUUGCAUUACGUGGCUCCUCUGUAUCCCAGUGUUGUGUGUGUGUUUUUUUUUUUUACCCACAGCUGCCCCUUUUCCCCCCCAGGAGGGGGCCCCUGGUGUCAUCUCUGGUAAGAGCCACGCCCACCUAUGUGUGUGUGACAUGGGAUUGCACCAGUAUGGCAUCUGUUCUGCUCCCUCUGGGGCUCCUCCAGCUCCCCCCUGCCCCAGCUGCCCUGUCCUGAUCCUCUAGUUUCCCUCCCUCAGCUGACCUGUCCCAUCCCUGGAGGGGUCCCCCACCCCCUCUGCAGACUCCUCCCUGCCCUCUUCUUCCCUAAUGAGAUCCUCCAGUUGACUCCCGCAACCAAGGCCACCAGCUCCGGGAAGGGCUGUAUGUCACGGACCCCAGUCUCCUGGGCACGAGCUCAGUUCUGGAGUGUCUGUUCAGCCAUGGGGGGAGGGGAAGGACUGAGGGUCUGGAGCCUCCAGGAGUGGAGACUUAAGGCUACAAGGCCCUCCAGUAACUAACAACUGUAAGCAUGUUCCCUGCUCCCCCCUCAUGCUCCUCAGUCACCCUACCUUAGCAAAUCACUGUAUGCUACCUCCUCACCGUGCUUGUCAGCAACCCUACGAUAACAAACCACUGUACACCCCACCCCCCCUUGCCAGCAACCCUACAAUAACAAGCCCCUGUAAACAACCCCUCUGGUACUCAACCCUACUGAUAGCAAACCACCAUAUGCAACCUGCCCACGAGCUCAUCAGCAACCCACCAGCUAACAACAAACCACCGCAUGCAACCCCUCCCAUGCUUGUCAGCAACCCUACAAUAACAAACAAUUGUGGGCCAAGUCCUAGCACGGACCCUGCGAUAACACAUACCCUAUGCAAACUCCUCAUUAGGAAACCUACAAACCCACUGAACCUGAGACACUGAACUCACCCCCUUGAGCCUGCAGCCCCAGCACGGGAAGAGCCUGCAUUGAUAAUGGAACCCUAGCCAUGCUAACAAGCAAUAACAGGGCUCCAGAGCAGCCCUAUGCUAACUAACUAGCAGGCCUGGCCCCCGGGAAGGACAAAGACCUUACACUAACAAAGCAGGCCCAACCCCCCAGCAGUUUUGAGGGCUGUGGAUAUACAGCCCCAGUGCUUCUGAGUGACCCUACAAUAACAAACCAGCGUGUGGCGCCCCAGUGCCUCUGAGUGACCCUACAAUAACAAACCAGCAUGUGGCGCCCCAGUGCCCCUAUAAUAACAAACCAGAGCGUGGAGCCCCCGUGCCCCUAUGAUAACAAACCAGCAUGUGGAGCCCCAGUGCCUCUGAGUGACCCUACAAUAACAAACCAGCAUGUGGAGCCCCAGUGCCCCUACAAUAACAAACCAGCAUUUGGAGUCCCAGUGCCCCUACAAUAACAGACCCGAGCAUUGAGCCCCCGUGCCUCUGAGUGACCCUACAAUAAUAGACCAGCGUGUGGAGCCCCAGUGCCUCUAAGUGACCCUAUAAUAACCAGUGUGCAUUGCCCUUAGCAUCCAUAAGUGACCCUGUCAUAAGUGACCCAGUGCCCUGAGAGACCCUACAAUAAUAACAAACGAGUGCACAUAGUCUUAGUAUCCCCGAGUGACCCUACAAUAACAAACCAGUGCAUAGCAGCCCGAGUGACCCUUCAAUAACUGCCCUGGCAUCCCUGAGUCUCCCUACAAUAAUAUCAAACCAGAAAGCACAGCUCCUAGCAUCCUUAAAUUAUCCUAUAGAAGCAAACCAGCGUGCAGCGCCAUGAGAGACCCUACAAUAUUAACAUACCAGCAUGCAUAGCCCUAGUGUCCAUGAGUGACUCUCCAAUAACAAACCAGUGCAUGGCACCUAGAGAGACUUCUGUAAUAACAAACCAGCCUGUGCAGCUCCCGUGACCCUACAAUAACAAACUAGCAAAAGCAGAAGGAAGCAAGACUCAGGUCUAAAGGAAGCUUAGUCAGGUUCUCUUCCUCUUUAAGAGCCCAUGGAUUCCUGCUGCUUCCUCCCUGACUGGUGUUAUUGCUGUCACAGCAAGAGAUUGUGAGAUCAUUGGGAAUGAUGACAUCAUUGGUGAGGGGAGGAGCAUCUGGAAAUUGUGAUGUCUUAAAGGGGCAGAGGGCCUGAACCAGGGCAGAGGGAGGUGGGUGGGAGAUGGGAAGUGACAUCACCAUGGUGCUUGUAGCCAUGGCAUACCAUGCCAAGGUACCCAAGGACGGGGGCAUUAGCAAGCCCGUCCCCCUGUCAGCAUGGGCUGGAGUUCCUCGUGACACUCCCCACCUAUGUGUCCUUCUGCCGCCUCUGUAACCGGCAGCAGAUGGACAAAGUAGUCCCUCCCCAAUAAAAUGCCAUGUGCAAAUAUGUGGGUCCUUGAGGCAUUAUUGGCACCCUGAGCUGCAGCAGGGUUGGAAGAAGAUCCAGCAGCCAAGGAAGAACAGGAUGUGGAGGGAGCCAGUGGCCUGCAGAGAAAUGAGGAGGCACCGCCAGCUACCUCCCUUUGCCUCUCCUGUCUGCAGGGUCCAUCCAAGCAACUCCUCCUGCACCAUGGGAGCCACAGCACCAUUCCCCUGGGGCUACCUGGGCCCCAGCUCCCUCCAUCCUUCCCCUCCUGGGUCUCAACUGGAGGCGCCACAGCAGAGAAGAUGAUGGUGGUGGUGGCCAGCCUUCUCCAGGCCCGUUCUGCCAAGGGGUCACUUUCCUGUCUUCUCUGUGACCCUGUCUUUUCCAGCAGCUGCUGUGGUUGGACAGAGCCCAUAGUGCCCGUCCACCUCCUGGGCUUCCCCUCCCGGCUCAGCAAACUUCUUGGAGCCCACUCCAGAAUGGAGGGCAGGGCAGCCUGGGGUGCCCCAGUUGGCCCCAGCUCCAUUCUGAACAAUGGUCAAGUCACCUUGUGCCUUGGGAUCCCUCACCAGGCUCCUUCCCUGCCCCCAGACUUGCCUAGUGCCUCUUC